AUGGAUGUCGCAACGAUGCAGCGAGCCAGUGAGGGUUCCGAAGCGUUUCCGCACAGUAUCAACAAUAAUAAUGGCGACGGUGGUGCUGCUGCGGCGGGCUACGAGAAGGUCGCAGGAGGCGGUGUAGUAGGCUACGAAAUUGCAAAUGAAGCAACUCCUCGCGAGCCGACAUCAAAGAUGAGCUCGAGUGUGGCCAGCAUUCUCGACGACACGACCCCGAGCGAUUCGGGUGUGCAGCUGCUGGAUUCCGAGUCCAGUGGGUUGAAUGAAUCGAUGAUUUCCAGCGCAGGUGGGUUCGAGUUUGAUAUCGGUGCUACACCGCCACCGCCACCGACAGCGGUGCCCCAAGGCGCCGUUGAAGAGGUCCUUAACAACAACAACAACAACAACAACCAACAUGGCACAAGGCCCAUGGAGGUGGAAGGCGAGGAGGACGAAGACGAAACGAUUGCUGGAAAGUUUACCGAAAUCAACCUAAGUCACCCGGCACAGCAUGACACGGCCGAGGGCGGAGAAGAAAAACUGACCACCGACCAGGAGGUGGGAGAAGGGAUCGAAGUCGAUCCUGCGAUGGCGGCGAGCCAGCUUCCGGAUGAGCUCAUAUCGAGCACCUGCUCCACGUUCGACACGGAAAACAUUGUCUAUCGGCGGCGCAUUAAAAAGGUGCCGAGCAGCAAAACGCCCAAGAAGCGCGUGUCGUUCCACGAGGACAUCCUGAAGAACACGAAAACGGACAACAUCCACAUCGAGCACGGAUUCAUCACGUACAAGACGGGCGGUGGCGCUGGCGCCGGCAAGAAGGUGGCCAAGGGCCGCUACUCGUGGUGUACGGAGGACGACGGGGACUUUGAUUAUGGGGACGAGGAGGCGUGCGAAGGGCGACAGUACGUGUACCGCAACGCCUGCUCGGAUGUGCUGGACUACGGGAAGACGGAUGUGUUCGAGAAUGUGGAGGACGAGCAGAACUACGUAAAGUACGACAAUUCGGGUAUCUUCGAGUACGGGCCGCUGGAGCGCAGCCGGCGGACGAUGGGUGGCGGCAUACUGUACAAGUGCAGCUGUUCCGACUCCAACUCGAGCCUCGAUUCCGGCGAAGGUAACGAGCGGACCAACUACCGGCAGGCAAAGUCCAACAGCUGCGAGUGUAUCGGUGGCCCACCCGGAAAGCUGCACCGGGGAAGUGGCGGCGGCACCAAGCACCAUAGUAACAACAACAAUAACAACGUGAUAUCGGACAACUGUUACUACAGCGAGCCGAGCAUCGAGCAUCUGGAUGAGUUCAAUGGAAACGUCACCAGCACCGGCGGCGAUGUUGACCGCGGCCAGCAAUUUGUAAAGUCGGUCUGGAGCAAGGAGAAGAAACCAAAGAGUAGCUGUCUGAAAAAGACGAAGCGCAACAGCAUCUACACGAACGUAGUGGUCCCGGAAUACGAUCUGAACCGGAAGGUGAAAAAGUUCAACGUGCACCAGCGACUGUCGGUGAUCGACAAUAGCAGGAUGAUCUUUGGCUCGUUGAAGGACAUAUUCGGGAUCACGCUCCCGGAACGCGGUGUUCCGGAGGGCUCGGAGGAUGUGUCGUCGGUACGCGAGUGUAUACCGGAACCGCACGACGAUCCGCUGGCGGUAGUGGACGGGGAUUUCACCGUCGUUCCGAAACCGAAGUCGUUUUUGUCGAAAAGUCUUGACGGAGGCUUUAACGCACGCAGCGGAGGAGGUCGUUCGGGAGGUGGAGGUGGUAAGAAGUACGUUCACAACGUGGACGAACAGCUGCGCCGCAAGAACGAUGCGGAUCUGUAUGCUCCGAGUCGGAAGAAUAGUGUCGAAGAUCAGGAGCCGGAAGGACAGGAAGGACCGAAGGAUGUGGCACCGGAGACACUACCGCCGGCUGCGGAGUGCGAACGGGAACCGGCUCCGACGCCACCUCAACCGGCGGUCGGCGGAACUACCACGGUCACCGGUGCCGCCUAUCGGAAUAAAUUUAUCAUCAACGGUGAGAGCACGGUCUUUGAGCAUACCGGCGUAUCGUACUGUUUCGAGGACGAGCAAAAGAAAUCGCCGCUCGAAGAGGACAAAGAGCUGCCGGUCGGAGAAACGACCGGAGGAUCGUUCAUUGGCAAGACGCAGAUCAAGAAGAAGCUAUCGAACAUUUUCCAAAAAAUUAACGUCAUCAGCUCGACCGCUUCCACUCCGACACCGGUUCCUCGCGCCGGCGAUGGCGAAGAGGAUGGCGAAACGGUUGAUGGGAAAGCCGGAAACCGGACGGAAACGGACGAUGUACAACCACCGGUGGGGGACAUCGCGAAGCAAGCCAAUGCCGGUACUGCAAUGGAAAGCAGCAAUAUUUCGUCGUGUGGCAGUGAGCAUUCCGAGCAGUCUACUUUUUCCGGUAAAACGUCCAGCACCGGAACCGCCAGCAGGGAAGGGGCCAUGUUGAGCUCACCGAAAGGAACGAUGGCUGGCGCUACCAGUCGUCAUUUGUCGUCACCUUUGCGUAAAAAAUCGCUAACGACGACGCGCAUGGAACCGUCCCGGCACCACCGGAUGAUGCCUGAUCUGUUCAAUAUCACGCCUCGGCACCUGCAAACUCUCGAUCGCCAGUUGGUGGAAGAGUUCGACGACAUCCUGACCAUAACGGCGGUGACGGAUGAGCCGCUGAACGAUGACAAACGGAGCGGCAAUGCGGAAGAGGAAAUAGUUGGCCUCGGCUCGAAGGAUGAUCUCGUGAUUCUGGACUAUCCACCAGCGUCCAGUGCGUCGAGUUCUGUGCAAACCCCGCUGACACCCCAUUCGGAGGACUGUUCCGAGGGAAUGGUUGAAUCACUGUCGAAGCCGGCGGCGGCCGGCGUGCCAACGGCUGGUACGGGUUCCACAAAUCCUUUCCUCCAGCAGCAGCAGCACCACCACCAACAGCGGCAACCAUUCCGAGCACGCCAUCACGGUCACAACGCGAUGACCUCAUCGACGAGCAGCUCCACGUCGACGGCCUCGAAAAGUUCACUCAUCAAUCGCUUUCUGCGGAACGUGACGCAGAAGAAGAUCCUGGAGGCGACGAUCAAGCAGAAUCCCUUUUUCCAGUCCAAACUGAACGGAGAGCGCAAGCUGUUCGAAAGCCUCGUCCCACGCGGUGCACCGUGCGUAAACCGGGAGCUGAUUGAAGAUCUGAAUGCCGAAAUCGCGAUGGAGAUCGAGUUGUCCGCUUCCGGGUGCCAGCUGGAGCGGGUUGAGCUGAACGAUACGUACGCGCAGUCGGCGGCAACGGAACGCUGUCCACUGGCGCUCGGCGGUGUAAAGUUUGACGGUGGUGGCAUCGGGGUCGGUGAGCUGCCGGUCGAGCUGUUCUCGGCCGGCGGACACCGGUUGUCGAUCUAUCGGAACGAUAGCGAAGUGCUGAUGAAGGUUUUCAAGUUGUUCAACGGAUACAGUCGCGAGGGUUACAUGACCCCGGUGCUGGUGUUUCUGACCGAUCGCACCCUCUACGUCACGGAUCAGGUGCGGAAUCGGCUGUGCAAUAAGUUCGUGCUGCCGUACGCCGAGCUGGACGUGAUUUUGGUCGGCCCGUACGGCAACACGGUGCUGCUGAGCAAUUCGGCGCGCGAUAUGCAGCAGGUGCUGCUGGCCGGAGGACCUUACCCGGCCGAAGGGUUGGUAUCGAGCCUGGAACUGUGCGCCCGGCGGGGAGGCUCGGUGCUACCGGCCGUAGGGCAACUGACGCUGGACCAUCUGGCACCACUGCAGGCGUUCGUGCGCGACCACUCGAGCGUUAGCCGGGAAGACUCGUGGAAGUACUACGCGGUGGUAAAUGUCCCGGCCGGAACGCUCGGUGGUGAGGACACUCCACUUGGACCGCACAUUAAGGGUCCGCUGAUGCAUCGCCGAAUGUCACACGCCGGGUUCGUGGAUAACUGGGCGGCGGGAUACUUUUUGCUCAAAGCCGGAGUGUUGUAUCUGUUUGGUGAUGCAUCGCAGAAACUACCCACGUGGGCCGUGGCGUUGGCCGAAUGCCAAGGAGCACGGCGUUCGGUAAGCUCCGGGCGGCCCUACUGUUUCGAGUUGCUGCUCCGCACCGGAGCCCUUCAGCUGGCCGCUCCCGACGAGUACGUGGCCUCGGAUUGGCUGCAAGCUCUCGUACAGGCAGCUAGUGGGCUUUUCGAAGUCCAAGAACGUCGCCGUACUCUUGGCUGCACACUGAUCAUGACCUCGAACCAUCUGCUUACCUUGCGAGAAGACUUUAGCGCACCGCUGCGGCGCAGUACGGCCAUCGGCAACGGUGGCGAAAUCAGCCAACCGUCACCAUCCUCCUCGUCGCAACAAAUUCUGCUCAGCAAUUCGUCACCCUCGAAGGAGAACAUUAGUCCCAACAUUCAGCGGAAGGGUAGCAAUGUUUCGAGCACCGCGGGAGGCAUCUUACAGGAUAAUAAUAGCGAGAUAAGCUCCGUGCGUUCCAACUGCAGCACCCCAACCCGAUCGCACGUUCCGCUGGGCGGCCUUGAUCGGCGCUCCAACUGCUCUUCUACAAGUACCCCGACCCGAAGCAGCCUUCUCCUGCAGCAAACAAAUACUUCCCCCGCCCGAAGCCUUUCCCGGCAGCUAACGUCGGCAGCUCAGGGUGGUUCAGCAUCAUCAACACCAGCAGCAGGAGCAGCGGAGUACGGCGCCACCAUCGUGGACCGGGAAGAGAAGAGCUACACAAACAUGACCAGCUUCUAUGGCAAAAACUCGGGCGUCGAAGUGCUCACCUGUGCCAGCAUCGACGAAAUGUCGGCCGUCAAAAUACCGGCCGUUGCCUCCAACUGGUGGUGCAUUCUGGAAUUCGAGUGUCAAGAGGUGCGAGAAAACUCCGACGAUUUGGUUGUAUUCUUUUCCACCAGCGCCGAACAGGAACGCUUUCUGUCGAUGCUGGCCGCGAUCUGGCACGCAAAGAAGCGUGAACCUUUCCCUGCUGCUAUCAUCAGCAGAGACGAUACGGUUUACGAUCACUGUUCGAAACUGUUUCUGGAGAUCAACCGUUCCUGGGAACCACUGCUGUCGGCUGCCUUGGGAUACCCACAGUAA